CAAGUACAUUGUCGCAAAAAAACGCAAAAGGAACAUAAAGUAAUUAAACAAGUGGUAAUAAAUAUAAGAGUCAUCUAGUUGGCUGCGAACGAACGAAGACAAUUUUCGUCUCCUGUGCUUUAAGAAAUGAACUCCGCUAAAAAACAAACAAUUUUGGAACGAUUAAAUGCCGGAGAGGUUAUCAUCUGCGAUGGAGGGUACACGCAUGCCUUUGAGCGAAGAGGAUACGUCACCGCGGGUCCUUAUACACCGGAAGUAGUUGUUGAGCAUCCUAGCGCAGUAACGGAACUUCAUCGUGAAUUUGCACUGAGUGGUGCUGACAUACUGGAAGCCUUUGCAUUCAAUGGAACUGAUGAUAAUUUAAAUAGAAGUAGAUCAAAUGAUACUAAACUCGUGGCUAAAGAAGUUAGUGAAGCUGGCUGUAGACUGGCUAAUGAAGUUGCUAAAGAAUAUAACUGUCUGGUAGCAGGCCCAAUAUCACCAACUAGCUCGUAUACAGCAAAUUUAGGAAAAGAGAAAGUUCAAAAGGAGUUUCAAGCGCAAGUUGAUGUAUUCAAAUCGCAAAAUAUGGAUUUGUUAAUGGCAGAGUACUUUAGCUAUGUCGAAGAAGCUGAAUGGGCAGUUGAAGUGAUGAAAAGAACAGGCAUGCCCGUGGCUAUUUCCCUUUGCAUUGGACCACUUGGUGACUUUAAUGAUAUUACAGUAGAAGAAUGUGGUAUAAGACUUGCUAGGACAGGAGCCGAUAUUAUUGGCACUAAUUGUCGAUUUAGUCCAGACAUGAGUUUGGAUACAAUGAUUCGAAUGAAAAAAGCUGUGGAAAAAGAAGGACUGUCAAAACAUUGGCUUUGUCAACCUGUAGGAUUUCGCACAGCUGAUGCUGGAAAAGAGGGUUUUGAGAAUCUACCAGAGUGUUCUUUAGCAUUAGAAUCUCGGUUAAUAUCACGUUGGGAUGCUCACAAAUUUGCAAGACGAGCUUAUGAAGCCGGCGUGCGAUUUAUAGGGGGCUGUUGUGGCUUUGAACCAUACCAUAUCAGAGCACUGGCUGAAGAGUUGCACAAGGAAAGAGGACGUUUACCUAAGAACAGCCGCGGACUUUAUGCUAGUUCAUUGAAACACCAUCACAAUCCCAUAGUUCGUGACAGAGCUAACAAAGAGUAUUGGUAUAAUUUGGUACCAACAGAUGGAAGAAAGAAACUUUAAAGGGUGAAGAGUACAUUUUUGUAGUUCUGAAAUAGUUAAAUAAAAACACAACCUUGUUUGUACUGUAGCAACCACUAAGAAAUAAUUUUUUAGACGUUGUAGUUUCGUGUUUUAAAUAAUUUUUAUUUCAAACACCAAAAGAUCUGGUGCGUUUAAUACAGUUACAUUUAACGCUCGCAACUAAAUAAGUAUUGAGCUAAAUCUGCGAUUUUUUAAUAAACUUCCUGUUACAUCUCUUUAGUAAUCGCCGUAUUCUGUCUUUCUGUUUGUGCGAGAGAAAAUAGUCGUGUUACGGAAACACAAAAUGCGAUAUUUAAAGAGCGGGCGAACCCGCGCUUUAAUUACGGGCUUCAGACUAGUCUAUACUACAAUACUCUUAUACGCCUGUCUGUCUGUCGCGCAAAAUGGUAACCGCAGUAGCGGGACAUACAAAAUACGGUAGAUAAAGGACAGGCGCAACCGUGGAUUUAUUCACGGCCCACUGAUCAGUUUUCUUAUAUACGUGCUAAGUAAUAACUAAGAGUUUUGUUUAAUUCUAGACUUGAUUUUUAAUAACAUAUUAUUGUUUAAUAAUAUUCUUGUAAUUCUGUCGUGUAUGUAUUUAUCAUGGCAACCAAUGUAAUUAGAUAAAUUACAAAAUAUUGAUUUUGAAUAAAAAAAAUAACAUA